AAUUUCUGUAAAACUUGUCAUAUAGAGAUUAUUUUGGGUGAUAAGGAACCCCUAUAAAUUGGCUGCGUGACACCUAGAGGUAGUUCAUUUUGUUCUGACUGGAAAAGAUGAUUAAGUUAGCCAUUCUCACCUGCCUUUUUCUAGCUGCUUUCGCAGCAGCUGAUAAAUGCCAUCACAAAAGCAAAACCUACAAAACUGGCCAAAUGUUUAAGGACGACUGCAACCUUUGUUUCUGUGGCGCAAACGGCGAAGUGAGUUGCACCAAGAAAUUUUGCCAUCCACCUCAUGCAGGUUAUUCUGGAGAUGUUUGCCACCACAAAGGACAAGUCUACAAAGUCGGAGAAGCCUUCAAAGACGACUGCAACAGAUGCUUCUGCGGUUCCAACAAUGUCGUAGGAUGCACCAAGAUGCUGUGCCCACAACAUGUCGAUUACAGUGACAGUGGUGUGUGUCAUCACAAAGGUCAAGUUUACAAAGCUGGAGACAGUUUCAAAGACGACUGCAACUCAUGUUUCUGUGGCGUCAAUGGUAUGGUAGCUUGUACUAGGAUGCUGUGUCCACCACAUGGUCACGUUGAUUACAGUGACAGUGGUGUGUGUCAUCACAAAGGUCAAGUUUACAAAGCUGGAGACAGUUUCAAAGACGACUGCAACUCAUGUUUCUGUGGCGUCAAUGGUAUGGUAGCUUGUACUAGGAUGCUGUGUCCACCACAUGGUCACGUUGAUUACAGUGACAGUGGUGUGUGUCAUCACAAAGGCCAAGUUUACAAAGCUGGAGACAGUUUCUCAGAUGAGUGCAACAAAUGUUUCUGUGGAGAGAAUGGCGUUGUAGGCUGUACCAAAAUGGCCUGCAUCCAGCGAGGUUGUCUUGUCAACAACAAAUUGUACAAACAAGGAGAGACUUUCAUGAAAGACUGCAACAAAUGUGUGUGUGGAGCUAGAGGAGAGGCAGUUUGUACAAUGAAGGGAUGCAUUCAUGGACAGAGCUAAGGAGGUUAGAUUAAAUUCUAGUGAGACCAAGAAAAUUCCAGAAUAAACUGAAGGAAAAUAUUGGCCUGAUUUGGAAAUGAACAAUUCAAAGAAAUAAAAUUCCUAAAAUAUUGUUAA